AUGACUAACACAUAUGCCUUAUCUGGUGUGUUUCUUCUCGCUAUUAUUCUUCAUUUUAUUACUAAUCAAGCAAAUGGUGUAUCACCAGCUCCCGGUAAAAAAGUAACAACAUCAUUUGGUAAAAAAGGUAGCUGGGCAGCUGGCUAUCAUACAGGAGAUGAUUAUGCAUGUCCUGUUGGAACGAAAGUAGUUGCAACUAGAGCUGGAGUUGUUAAAGCUGGAAGUUGGGGAUCAUCUUAUGGAACUCAUAUUAUAAUUGAAUCUAAAGGUCCUAGUGGUAAGAUAAUUCGGCAUUUAUAUGCACAUUUAAGUCAAAAACUAGUAAAAACUGGUGCCAAAGUUAAAGCUGGACAACAAAUAGGCAAAAGUGGAAACACAGGAAGAUCUACAGGACCUCAUCUUCAUUAUGAAGAACGUGUAUCACCAUAUGGUUAUUCUAAUCAUCGAAAACCACAAUUUAACUAA